UGCAGGUGGUGGUGGCUGCUGCUGCAUUGCUGGAUGCUGCUAGCGCACAGUGAAUGAAACUGUGGUGUUUUAGACGCGAAGGUAAACGAACCCUGGGAAAAGAAGAUGGACGAGGGCACCGAGUUAUCUCUGACCAUCGCCCAGAUCGUGCAGCGGCUGAAGGGAAGCCAUUUACACUCUCAGAUAGAGAGCCAAGCCAAAGAGUGUUUACAUCAACCUGAGAUAAAACUAGAGUCUCUCAAAGAGGACGUACGCAGUUUUCUCAAAACAUCAGGCUGGGAAAAAAAGCUGCAGAAUGCGGUGUACAGAGAGCUGCACGUCCAGCUGCCCCCGGGCCAUCCCGCGGCUCCUCCAGAGCAUCUCAAAGAGCCGCUGGCCUACAUGCGCAAGGCACAGGGCAACUGGGAGAAGCGUGUCCUCAAAAGCCUGAACAGCAUGAGUACAGAGCUGGGAGUGCCGCUGGCCCGCAUGAGGCCUGCAGUGGAGCAGAAGGAGCUCACCAACAAAUGGAAUGAGAUGGGCACAGAUGAACCAGAUUUAAGCCGCUUUAGGCCCGUCUAUGCCCCCAAAGACUUUCUGGAGGUGUUAAUCAGUUUACGGAACCCCAACCAUGAUAGCAGCGAGGACGUGAACGCCAGGAGCCACUGGGGUCUCAUCCAGGUUCCCCUCAAUGUCAGGGACAUCCCACAGCUGAGACAGGCCUACUCAGAGCUGAACCUGACCACAGGGCAGUUGGGGAUUGAUGACCAUGCACACAUACAUCCAGACUUGUUUGAAAACGAGUAUGUUCAAAUCGGGAAAAAAGUGAUUGUGGAUCAGGACAGUGCAGCAGCACAGCAGUACAGCAGGCAGGGCUGCUCCACCGGGCUCCGGGCAGACCUGUGGGCCCUCAUCCUGAACUCCACUAACCAGCCACCGGAUGUGAUGCAUUAUGAACAACUAAAGGCUGGAGUCAUACAACAUGACCUGCUGGUGGACAACCUUAUCUAUAAGGAUGUGAAGCUCACCGCAAGUAAUGAUGACUACUAUUUUGUGUUUGAAGAUUUCCUCUAUCAGGUGUUGCUGUGUUUCUCCCGGGACACUGCCGUAUUGGAGCACUUCAAAUACAACAGCGCCACUCCUCCUAAAUCCUACAUCCUGGGGAAAGUGGGAGAUGAGGAGUGUGCUGUUGUUUAUCCUCCCAACGGUGUAAUCCCUUUCCAUGGGUUUUCAAUGUAUGUGGCACCCUUGUGUUUCCUAUACAACGAGCCAUCCAAGCUGUACAGUGUAUUCAGGGAAAUGUACAUCCGCUACUUCUUCAGAUUACACUCCAUCUCCUCCUCUCCCUCGGGUAUAGUGUCUUUGUGCCUGCAGUUUGAGCGGCUGCUCCAGACCCACCUGCCUCAGCUGUUCUACCACCUCCGACAGAUUGGCGCACAGCCGUUGCGUAUUGCCUUUAAGUGGAUGGUGCGGGCCUUUUCUGGCUAUCUGUCUACUGACCAGCUUCUCCUUCUCUGGGAUCGUAUCCUGGGAUAUGACUCACUGGAGGUAGUUGCAGUCCUAGCAGCUGCUGUGUUUGCCUUCCGUGCCGAGAACCUGAUGGAAGUGACGUCACUGGCUUCAGCUGAAGCUGUCCUCGCUGACCUUUCAACUCUGAAGGUCAUGCCACUCAUCCAGAUCUUUCUAUUUGCCACCGCCAUCUGAGGAGCGCCGAGCCUGCAGGACGAGUCGUGGUAUGUACAUACCACUUGGAGGAUAAAGAGACACUAUAGAAAUACCACUUUGCUAUGCCAAAACCACACCAAUAUGACUAAUCAUCUAUCAAGAAACGCUGGACAAUAGUGUGGGAUAUCAAGGAGUAACAAAGGCAGACCUACACAGGCAUUGCACACUUCAUCCUGCAGUGGUUAAAGCAAAGCCAAACCCCUCUUUAGCAUGUAUGUACCAUAAAUAGUGAAUACCCUGUAUCAUGUUAUUAGAUAUUAUACAGUAUGUAAGUAUAGCCUACAGACCAGUAAGGCUAAGCUAACCUCCAUAAGCCAUAUGCUCUGCAGGAAAGAUGAUACACACAGCAGUGCUAGGAUCAGCUGAGAAGCUCAUUAGGAGAUGAGUUGCAUGCAGCAGUAAUUGUAUUGCGAUAGCAGAGUGCGAGAGAGAACAACAGCAACGUCUCCAAGCUUGGCUAAUGAAGUGUUAAUUAGCUCUUGCAAUUUAUUCUGCUCCAUGGCUCCUGCGUGUUAUAACACUAUUAGAUAAAGCUGUUGCUGAUGAAUGAGGAGAUUGGAAGCAUUAGUCUGUGCCAGCGUGUUGAAAGAAAUCAUCAAAAGACACAAACUGAAUUAAAACUGUAUCCCAUAUGAUUAGAAGCUGCUGUGUAUACACAUAAUGUAUUGUAUUUAUGAAGGAAUUGCAUAUUACUGCACUCUUUAGGGACAUUUAGCACCUUCAGUGCCAGUAUUUAUUUAUUUUAUUUCAUUGUGAACAUUUUAUGGUUGUUUUUCAAUUGAUAUUAUGAAUUUAAAGCCUGAAUGUAUUGACCUACUUUGUCCUGUUAAAAAAAAAAGACAGUGUAUGUCACCUUAUGAUUUAAAUGCAAUCAAAUCAUUUUUUCUGAAUCAUUAACAGUACGCUUUGCCAGUCAAUGCCAAUGUCUUUCAUCAAACACAUUUUAAUGUUUAUUGCAACCUUAUAUAACACAUCUUUUUAAAUAAAAUCUAAUUUUGUUGAAUCACUUCCUCCACUUUAUUCUAUUCCAUAUCUAAAGACUUAGACCUUGAAUUGUUUGACAGCUUUUUAGUUAGUCUUAUCUCAGUAGAAGCUGACUGAUCCUUCCUGCUCCACAACUGAAUAUUUCUCUCGGUUUAUGUGACAUGGUAAAUAUUUGGACAGGGCGUACUGUACUCUGGAAGAUAACCAUAGGCAUUUCUAGAGAAGGCAGAAUGAGUAAGUGACAGGUAGCAGCAUUGAGGGACCUGAACGUCUGCCCCCUCCUCACAGGCCUCCUCCUACACGUAGCAUCUGCUCUAUUCCUCCCUCGUUUGUUGGCUGCCUUCCUCCCUGCUGCCCCCUCUGCGGGCUCGUAUCGAAUUCUGCUGUUCUUCUCUUUCGUCUCUCCCUGUCUCCCGGUUCCUGCUACAUCUGCCACCUGUUUACUAGGACUCCCACGGCUGACUCUUUUAUCAGUCAUGCACCUCCUUUGGCCCCCAGAAGUCUGUUCCUCCUGAGACAGCUAUUACUUGCUGUGUAGUUGGCU